AUGAUGGGCCCGCGCCCCGUCCUCGUCCUCACUGUUUACGUGUCUUUUGUGCAGACUGACAUUGAAAUUACGCGGGAGGAGGACUUUGCCCGCAUUCUGCAGAUGGAGGAGGAGUACAUUCAGCAGAUGUGUGAGGAUCUGAUAAGAGUCAAGCCAGAUCUGGUCAUCACAGAAAAAGGAGUUUCUGACCUGGCCCAGCAUUACCUGAUGAGAGCCAACAUUACUGCCAUCCGCAGGGUGCGGAAGACUGACAACAACCGGAUCGCCAGGGCCUGCGGAGCUCGCAUUGUCAGUCGCACAGAUGAGCUCCGGGAGGAGGAUGUGGGAACUGGUGCCGGGCUCUUCGAAGUGAAGAAAAUAGGAGAUGAGUAUUUUGCCUUCAUCACUGAUUGCAAAGACCCCAAGGCUUGUACUAUCAUCCUGCGGGGAGCAAGCAAGGAGAUCUUAGCGGAGGUGGAGCGCAACCUGCAGGAUGCCAUGCAGGUGUGCCGGAAUGUCCUCAUGGACCCGCAGCUGGUGCCCGGCGGGGGAGCCACUGAAAUGGCCGUGUCCCAUGCGCUGACCGAGAGGUCCAAGGGCAUGACAGGUGUGGAGCAGUGGCCCUACCGUGCAGUGGCCCAGGCUCUGGAGGUCAUUCCCCGGACACUGAUCCAGAACUGUGGCGCCAGUACCAUCCGUGUUCUGACCUCACUCAGGGCCAAGCACACCCAGGAAGGCAGCCAGACAUGGGGGGUGAAUGGGGAGACUGGAGCCCUGGUUGACAUGAAGGAGCUAGGGAUCUGGGAGCCCUUGGCUGUCAAACUGCAGACCUACAAAACAGCCGUGGAGACUGCAGUUCUCCUCCUCCGUAUUGACGACAUCGUGUCGGGGCACAAAAAGAAGGGUGACAACCAAAGCAAGCAGCCCACGGCGCCCGAGGCAGCCCAGGAGUGAGAGGCUGAGUGUCCACCAGGGAAAACCAGCCUUGGACCUUGACACAGGGAUGAGCUCAGUGCAGUGACCCAGUGCUGAGGCUGAGCGGGGGGAAAGUUUGUCUGAAGUCUGGGAGGGAUGGAGAAAACCCUGGACAUGGGGGAAGGUCUGUCACUGUUGGUGUCUCUGCACUGGGGGAUACUGCUCCUGGGGGGAGGGUUCCAGACUGAAACUUCUCCUCUUUGCCCCAAAAUAAACACGUUGUUUCAG